AUGAAUGGAGAUGUUGGUUCGUCUGAAGUACCUCGCUUGCCCUUUAGGAGGAUUAUUAUUCUUUCAAGUGAUGGCAUGCGUUGGUUAGGCGCGGCAUGUGCCAUCUCAUUGGCACAAUCACCCAUGCUUAGACCAGACAAACAAGGAGGCUGCACUCAGAUUAUUCUCGCCAAUCAAUUCAACACACCCCAAAUUAUUCUUUCAGGGGAGGAGUGCCUCUCUCGUGGGGUGACGUCCAUUCCCUCCCUCACCGCAAUGAAGGCAUUAUGUCAGGAUAUCACACACGGCACAGCUGCACUGCAGCGUGUGGGGUUUGCGGUAGACGCGGCGCAACUACCGGGAGUGAAAGCCCCACACUUUGCGGUGGAUUGCACGCAUGAUGUGUAUAUCUACAUCGCUGCCUGUAGUGAUGCGGUGUGUGGUGAUCACGCUGCCCUCCGCUCUCUCCUCUCUCUCGCCACAUCUCAACAAGAGCCAACGCCUCGCACCACUCGGAAUCGACAUGGUGGUCGUCUUAUUUUAUUAACGGAUGAUGCCACUCGCCCGGCGGUCUCUGCGGCGGCGACCCGCUCACUUCUCCAACCCGCUGUCGGCCGCUGUUGUUGUUGGCGUUUAUUUCUCGCUGGCGCCCCGCACUUCGCCCCGCCGGCCGGUGAUCUCCGCCUCACGCGUGCCGUCGUCCGCCGCGGGGCCGUCGCGCGGGGGGUCCUCGAGGCCGUCGCGCUCGGCGUCGCGCUUGGAGUUCUCCGCCGGCUGCCGGCCGCCUUCCGCGACCCCCUCCCCGCCGCGCCGCUCGACCUCGCCGCCCACACCGCCCUCCUCGCCCUCGCCCUGCAGGAAGAGAAACAGAAACAGGGAGAAGCGGGGGAGCAGGAGAAAUAUGAAGAAGAAGAAGAAAGGGAGAGAGGAGGAGAGGGGAGAGGGGUGUUGCGGCGGUUAUCGGUGGAGCCCGUCGCUGGGGAGGGGUUGGUGUGGGGAAUGCUCGCAGAGUAUCUGAUGGAUUACUACGGCAGGGUAGGCUCAACUGUCGCCAAGGACUUUCCACUGCCUCGUUUGCUAGAUCCCAAGCCAACACUGCAGUUGAAUGCGUCCGUUCCAGAUUGGAUAAAUUAUGGAUUCUCGUUGAUGAUGCCAUUUCAGUGCUAUUAUUCAUAUUGUGAAACUCAACGGCGUAAACAGUUAAUGAGUUACUUUCCUGGAUCUAAAGCGUCUAAAUGUAUUCAAGCAACAAUUGAUAAUAUUGAUGUAACUCUUCGUGGUAUCACUAGUAUGGUAAAAUCACAUCCGUUACCCACCCAAUCUAUUACAACGAAUAAUAACCAUUCUUCAUCAUUACCGACAUCAUUAUUAGAAACAGGAAAUGCAUAUUACAGUUCUUUAAUUCAGGAAAUUGGGUGUAAUGAAUCUUUACGAUCUUUAUAUCCUCUUAUUUCAUUAAAUUCUGUAAAAUGGGAUCUUUUUAUCAAAGUUAUUGCACAAGGAGUGAUAGAACAAUUCGCAUGGCAAGUUUCCAAUCGUUCUAUUAGUUUACCUCCUCCUUUACCUCAAUACCAUAAUGAUAUUGUUUUUCAUGGUACUAGACGUGCACUUCCAACAAAAUUGUGUCCACGUAAAUUCUUUACCGAUAUUCACUGGGUUGCUCGAUGUGGAAUGUACCCUUGUGGAGUUCGUGUAUCUACUGAACCAGGACUUACAAAAGAGAUACAAUCAUGUAUUUUGAAACAACCAGAAGUUUUAAAAGCUAUUGAUGAAACAGCAAAGGCAGAAGAUUCAUCUAUUAGUGUAGUAGAAAAACGUUCAGAAAAAAUUUUACGAAAUAUUGGUGAUAACCUUAAUCAAGUUCAAGUUCGUGCUUUUGGUUUAAUCGUACGUCGUGUAUUAUUUCAACUUUAUGAUGAAGUGACUCUCAAUAAUGAUGCCUUUGAGCGAUUAUAUAGUGUUUUUCAUACUCCACGAGUACAUAUUAUGCUUCUUCCAGCUCAUCGAUCUUAUGUGGAUUUUCUUAUUAUAACAUAUCUUCUUGUGGCGAUGAAUUUUCCACCUCCUCAUGUUUGUGCAGGUGAAGAUUUUCUUCGAAUGGGUUUUAUCUCUAAACUUAUGCGUGGUAGUGGAGCAUUCUUUGUGCGUCGUUCAUUCCGUGGUGAUAAACUUUAUCAAUCUAUAUUUGGAGAAUAUGUACGACAACUGGUUCUUCAUCAUCGAGUAAUGGAAUUUUUUAUUGAAGGAACACGUAGUCGUACAGGUAAAAUGCUUUCUCCAAGACUUGGUAUACUUAAAUGUGUUGCAGAUACUUUCUUUGAAGGACAAAAUGGGGUGGAUGAUGUAUGUAUUCUUCCCAUUAGUUUAUCUUAUGAUGAGUUAUUAGAAACUAAAUUAUAUGCAAAUGAGCAACUUGGUAUAUCAAAGCCAAAAGAGAGUCUUGGAAAUUUAUUAAAGGCACGAUCUUUACUUAAAACUAGACAUGGAAAAAUUCAUAUACAUGUAGGUGAAGUACUUUCUCUUCGGAAUUUCCGAGAAAACCCAUAUCAAUGUCCUGCCCCUUUUGAACCUAUAAAGGAGAAUGAAAAGAUCACCUCACAUAUUGUAAGUAAUCCAACAAAGAAAUCAUUCACUCCACUUCCGGUGUUAACCAAUCUCGCUUGGCAUAUAACGCAUAGUAUUCAAGAGAAUACCGUUAUUACACCAACAGCAUUACUCGCUACAAUUCUUAGUGUUUUUGGAGGUACAAAAACAGGUAUAUUAUUAGAUGAAGUUUAUAAUCACAUGGCCUGGCUACGAUUACAUAUAGUUAAAAGAAAAGGUAUUUUAAGUAUGGAUUCUUCAGAGGAAAAUAUUAAAGGUAUGACAGAUUAUGCAAUUUCUCAUCUUUUAACUUUUAUAGAAGUUGUGGAAAACGAUACGAAAAUCUUGAUUCGUCAAGAUAUUAGUUCUUAUAUGGGUAUUGCUAUUUGUAGUAAUCAAUUAAUUCAUGUUUUUCUAGAUGAGGCUGUUAUUGCAGUUGUAGCAUAUACAUUUGGUAAAGUUGAUAAAAAUAAAAAAUCAAUUCAUAUUCCAAAAAAAGAUUUGAAAAAUGAAUGUGAACAACUACGUCAAUUGCUUUCAGGGGAAUUUCAAGAUUAUCUUCCCUCAUGUCCCUAUACCUUUACCUCAUGGUUUGAAAAUACCUUAACAAAACUUCAAUAUUUUGCUGCGGAUGAUGAUGAUGAUAACGAUAGUAGUAAUAAUAAUAAUAAUAAUAAUAAUAAUAAUAAUAAUAAUAAUAAUAAAGCGGAUAAUUGUGAUUCUACUUGCAAUUAUACAUCGGAUCAGCAAAAUACCAUAUCUUCUUAUAGAGGAAGUACACCUCAUAACUCCAUGAAUAGUAAUAAUGAAAAGAAAACAAAUGAAAACGAAGUAUUAUCUUUAGGAUCUAAUGAUACCAUUAUUAUUAUUAUACCCAUGACGAAACAGUUUGGUCUCUUAAAUAGUAUUUUAUUUCCUUUUCUGGAGUCUGCGUAUAUUAUUUCCCUUGCUCUCUCUGCUAUUAUAAAUUCGGGUGGGGAGAGGGAAUUACGUAAAGGUCCUUUCUUGAAGGCCUCUCGCAAAGUUGGUUUAGAUUUAUAUAAUUCCAAUCGACUGGUUAUGUUUGCCAGAUCCUGCGGGAAUGAUUCCCUUAAAAGUGCUCUCGAAGGUAUUGAGAGGUUUACGUCUCUGAGGAAUGAUAUCAGUGCGAAGGAACCGACGUAUUUACUUCCCUCUACUCUCCCUUCCUCUACGAUAUCGGCAGAGAUACAGGGGCUUCUGGAGAAGUUGAGAAGAUUUCACUCCUACUUUAUGCUUCUUCAUUCGGAAGAGAAGGAAAGAGAAGAAAAGGAAGAGGAACAGUCAACGAGGGCUCUUUUUCUAACUUCCUAUCGAGAGUUUCUCGCAGCAACAAAACAAUCUGCAAAGAUAUAA